UAUAGCAGAAGCUGUGUCUUGUUUUUGUUGACGCAAUUUAAAUUUAUAAGUGAAACCCACACGUUAUCGUGGGCUGCUGUACGAGAUGCGUGUCGUGGGCAGUCGUGUCCUUGCGCUGCAACAGCGCAUCGGCGAGAAAUUCACACUACCCGAACGCUUCAAAGGCACAUUUGUGGAGAAGUGGACAACAUACUGGAAAGGACUGGUGCGCGACUACUCAGAGGUCGCUGUGGGCGUGGUGAAGGAAUCGUAUGCGAAGCCCAAAAAGGCACUGUUCUAUGGGACCGGCAUUGUCGCCCUCUACCAGGCUGCCGCUCGCAAUCCCGGCGAGGAGGCAUUCAUGACACAGCUGCGCCAUCAAUCAAAUCGCAUGAUAACAGUGGCAAUGAAGCAACAGAAUCCUGUCUCUGCCAACUAUUUACUCAUGCUGGAGCGCGCCAUCAAUCAGAAUAAGUUGCGUCUAUUGCCCCUCGGCAUCUUCACUUUGGUUUGGGUCGAUCUUUACGAUGCAGAUGACUGCACAUAUCCGGCCAUAUGCGAAUACACCUCCGUGAGCAUUUGGAACUUUCAUGAGCGGGUCAUUGAUGUGGGCUUCUGGAAUCAGUUCUGGCGCCUCAAGUGGAAAAUGCGCAACUACGACGUCAACUAUCUGUGAUAGAUGAGUGGAUGGAUAGCUUAGACGAACUGCCAGCCGCCAGCCACUGGUGGUGGCGGCGAUGUUAUUAGUUACUUCUGUUUUUUCUUAUUACAAGUUAAUAUAAGCGAAUGCAAUUAACAAGUACAAACUA